AUGGCAAAAAAAGAAGAAGAAGCAGUUCUCAAAGUGAGGAGAACAUCUGUGGUAAGACCGGCCGUCCAAACCGCCGUGCAGACCAUGUUCCUCUCCAAUCUUGAUCUUUUUGUUUUACCCAUCAACAACGUUCAAAGGCUUUUCUUCUACACACAGUCUCCUUUGAACGAUUAUUCUUCAUUAAUACAGGGGAUGAAAAAAAGCCUCGCCACAGUUUUAGUGUAUUUCUAUCCUCUGGCUGGUCGGUUGAAGAAAGGAGAAUCUGGCAGAACGGAGGUUGAUUGCAACGAUGAAGGCGUGGAAUUUAGGGAGGCAUCAAUUAACAUACCCUUCAAAGAUUUGGAAUAG